AGAAAGCCGGAUAUUUUAAUGAGGUACACAGGAAACAGCCAUUGAAUCUCUGGAACAAGACCGAGAAAAAUCAGGAAAACUGCGAAUUAAUGAUUAUUUUUCAGUUUGUUGGCGGUGAUAUAAGUUAUCUAGCUAACAAAAAUCAUUAUUAAUUCCAGCUAAGGAUUUUUCCCCAGACACAAAUAAACAAAUAUGCUGAUUAAAGUAAAGACGCUCACUGGCAAGGAGAUAGAGAUCGACAUAGAGCCAACAGAUAAGGUGGAGCGAAUUAAGGAAAGAGUGGAGGAGAAAGAGGGGAUCCCUCCUCAACAACAGAGGUUAAUCUACAGUGGAAAACAGAUGAACGAUGAAAAAACAGCAGCAGACUAUAAGAUCCAGGGAGGCUCCGUUCUUCACCUGGUGCUUGCCCUGCGAGGAGGAUGCAUGCUCCAUUAACCCACUGCCUUCACAUCCGUGCACUGAAGACACGCCGCCACUAGCUGUGGAAUGACCUCGUGACGUCGGAAGGGCAGAAAUUCUAAUAUCAGCUUCUACUCUGUUAGCCACAAGUGUGUAAAACCGGCAAAACGCUCCCUACUGGAACUUUGAUUUGGCAACUUCUUAGACGUCAAAGUUGUUAGGCUUCAGAGUGAAUUGCUGGUAAAAAAAAAAUUAAAAAAAUUAAAAAAAAGACAGUUUGCAGUUUUUCAGUCUCUCGAGGCUGUGUUGCAUUUUUUUUUUUUUACUCUCAAGCCAAGUUUUGUGUUAAAAAGCACUAAUGGAGCUCAGUAAUUCUAGCAAUGGUGGAAGAAUCCACAUUCUCUGUGGCUCAAUACGACUCCUGUCAUUUCUCAACUUAGACGUUACUAAAAAGAGCAAAACAUCUAACAUAGUUGCUAGAAAAUAUAACAAACUUCUUAAAUCGUGUGUUUUGUUUCUCUUAUCCAGCCAAAAAAACAUUGAGAUUCUGUUUGUCCAACCUGCCUUUAGCUAAAAAUAACAUUCUUGGAGUUUAUUUUUGCGAAAGAGGACUCUUAUCGUGAUCAUUUCAUUUGAAAGUCAUCAAAGUAGAUUUAUUUCCUAGAAACGCUCAGUGUUCUAGUUGGAGAAUGCAGGACGUUAAGUCUUUUGUGGGUGUGUUUUUAUCAAAUCAAAGAUCACUUAUUCACAUUUUCACCUCCGCCUAAACCAAACUCGACUCUGUCAUGGAUUUACUUCUCUCUGUUUGAGAUUUGUUUUCUCAGCUUCUGUUUACAUAAAUCAUUUUGUUAUUUUCAUUUGCUCAAAAAAGCUCAGUUUUCGUAGUCAUCGCUGUUUGAAAAUCCCCUGCAGCUGGCUCACGCUGUUUCUGUUGUUUCAGUUGAAUAAAGGUAUUCAUGGAAAAAAA